UCAACUUGCAUGCAUGCGGGGUUUCCUUUCCUUCCUUCUCUCACUAAAAACGAGAAAAUGGAAAGUUCCCAGGAUGCUCGCUCAGAGAGAGAAGAGAAUCUACAUUCAAUAAUUUCCAAGAUAGCUGAUGGUGCACAUAACAUUCAUGAAUCGGGACUGGAUGAAAGUGAUUUUCUGAUCGUGUCGAGUGAACACAGAAGUUUCAAAAGAAAACUUGAGCAGAAUGAAGAAAGCAGAAAAAUUACAAAAGGUGACCUGGAUUCAGGGGUCAAAUUCAUCACUGAUGAGAUCAAGCCCGAUAUUGAUGCCAUGGCUGUGCAGAUCUUUUCUGAGCUACCAGAAGAGAAUCCUUUCAGGCUUGCGGAUGCAGUACCUGAACAAGAUCUUAUUCAUCCACCAACAGAACCUGUCUAUCAGCAGUUAACCCUGGAGGAUCCAAGCAGUGAAGUAAGAGAGGCAUUGGAAGACCCAUUAGAUGAUGUUGAAGUAGCCUCUGAUGCUGGUAGUCCUGUGCCAAUGCCACAGAUGGCUCUUGGUUUGAUGCCAACACCCAAUGUAACACCUCCUCAGGAAGUGACCACUGAACAGAUCCACCUGCAGUUUCAAAAGAAACUUGAAGAACUUGAACAGCAGGUCAAGGUCCUUCAAAACCGAAAUCUCGCCUUGGAGGAAUCAUACAAGAAGCUGUCUGACCUCGUGGAAGCCCAAAACCAUCUACUUGCAAGCGGGGGACCAUUCAUCCAACGGUUGGCACCGGCCACUCCUCAGGAAACCUUGGCCGAUACCACUGCAAAGACAGAGACUCCAGAAGCACCUCCGUUACCCAACGUUCCUUUUGUAAGUGAAAAGACUUUAUUCUCCAACUCACAACAGCUUUACAGGAGCGGUCUGCGCAGCUAUGAGCUUCCAAGGAGGGUGUCGGCGAAGGAAGUACUCAACCUUUGGGAGCAUGGCUGUGAGGAGUUCCCCCCUCUGAAAGAUUGGACUCCCACACAAAAACUAAAGCAACAGAGCAAGAUAUCUCGGUGGAAGAAGCUCGUUGAUAUCUUCAAGCUUCAUUAUCAUGGUGAUAUGAAGAAAUUCGAAGAAAGUUUCUCGGACAACAAAGGAGAAAUUCUGCCGGUGACAACCAUCCUGUCGUUGUACGAAACUCAGCAGACUCCGGCCUUUCUUGGUAAAAACAAUUCCGACCACGAGGGAGCGGCGGCUUUUAGCAAAGAGAAGGUUGAUGCCCAAGAUGUGGAUGAAGACUUCAAGAAGGAGAUACGGAAAUCUGUAGAUUCCGAACUAGAAGAUUACGAAGGUACUGAUGUCAACAGAGAACCUACGAAAGUAGGAGAGGACAACAGCAUGGCACAACCGUCAGCUGAAGUACGUUACUUUCUCCCGAGGAAGGUAACGCCAAAUGAUAUUGUGCGCCUCUGGGAGGAAGGUUGUGAGGAGUUCCCUCCGGUUUGUCAGUGGUCACGCGCUCAGAAAAUCGGUCAAGAGACUAAAAUAUUCCGAUGGCGUAAAAUUGCUGAAAUCUUUAAUAAGGACUGCAACAGGAACUGGGACACCUUCUAUGCUAAGUAUUCAAAUGACCGCGGGCAUCUUCUGGCCAUUUCAUCGAUCAUUGCAAAGUACGAUGCGGAAAACGCAACUACAGGGCCUAUUUUUGACAUCCCCGAAGCCCGAAGCAGAUUAAGUACAUCAGUUGAUGAACAAGAUGAAACUGAAAGCGGAGAAAUGUCACCCAGUGCUGCCCCAUCUAAUGGCGCGAGUGGCGUUAAGUUGGAAAGCUUGAGCCCCGGCGAAGGUAGCAGUCAUAUUUUACCUCGCAAAGUCACUGCCAAGGAUAUUAUCAAGCUGUGGGAGACUGGGUACGGUGAUCUACCGCCUCUCCACAAGUGGACGCCCGCACAGAAGGCAGGACAGCGCAGCAAGUUUUCGCGCUGGACUAAAAUAUAUGACAUAUACAAAUAUCACUGCAAAGGAGACUUGAGUUUGUUUGAGUCAAAAUUCUCGGACGAGCGCGGCGAGCUAUAUCCCGUCACCACGAUUGUUGCCAUGUUUGAUGCCUGGGAGUCACCGUCAAGCCUGUCCAGUCCUUUUGCCGUUGCGCCUCCCGGUCAGAACACUGGAGAAGGGACUGAGAGUGAGAUUUAUCAACUCCCGCGUAAAGUGACUGCCAAGGAUGUAGUGCAGCUAUGGGAGGAAGGCUGCGAACUUUUUCCGCCCGUUAAUAAAUGGCCGAAAAUCCACAAAGUAGGACAUGAAACAAAACUCUUUCGCUGGAAGAAAAUCGUGGACAUCUUUCGAAAGGAUUGUGGCGGAAGUUGGGAAAAGUUCGAAGAAAGAUUUAGCAACGCCAAAGGUGAACUAUUGCCCAUUUCCGCAAUUUUGUCUAAAUACGAUUUAGAAAACGAGCCUCCAUCGUACUUGCCAAAACAUUUUGCGUCCGCUCUGAAUAAUUCUGGCAUGGUACCAAAGGACGAGGUUGGCGGACAGAACGUUGAGUUACAAGACCAAGAACACGAUAAAGUAAUAGGUAGUGACUCAGAAAUCCUAGAAGGUGACGGAACUUCUACGAAAAAGGGUUCGGAUUUUAUUCUACCGAAGAAGGUGAAUGCGCUGGACGUAAUUUAUCUGUGGGAGAACGGCCUGGGAGAUAUGCCCCCGCUGUGCCAGUGGUCUCCGGCUCAGAAAGCCAGCCAGAGGAGCAAGAUCUCGCGCUGGAAUAAGAUUGUGGAUAUUUUUAAAUACGAGUGCGGUAGCGACAUAAGAAAGUUUGAAGAAAAGUACCGAGAUGAGAAGGGAGAGCUGCUCCCAAUUACUAAUAUUUUGAACCUACACGACGCACAGGACAAAUCGUUGUGAGUUUGGGAACGCAGUUGGGAGACAAAAUGCACAUUGUGGAACAUAAACUCCUUGCGAGUGGAACCGAUCGAGAGCGAUUUUCAAUUGAGUACCAAAAGUAAUCCUGGGUUGCCUUAUUGUGAUUGGUCUAAAUAAACCGCCCCUCAACCAGUCAGAUGCAAAACUACAUCCAAUCACGACUUAAUCACGUGUGAUUACGAUGAUGUUUCCGUGAUUUCGUUGUUUCAGGUAUUCUCCUUAGUGUUCGCUGGCCUCUGGAACCGCUUAGGUUUAGUUUCACGACACUCAAUCGAGAGGCGCCCAGUUCAGUGUCAAAGUUUGCUUGUUCAAAACAAAUCGAUAGAACAUUUGUCGAGUGGUUUGAACGCUUGUGAUAUUUUCUAUUGACUAUAACAUCAAUAGCAAUCAAAACAGCGAUGCGUAGUUUGUUGGGAUAUGUUGUAUAAAAGAGUGAAAGUAGGGCAACUUGCAUUAAUACUUACAUCUUUUCAUACAAGCGAUUUCUAACGGUGAACUUUAAAACUCUGUCCCAAAACCGACAAAGCCUUUUUUGCAGCUGCAAUUCACCGUUUUUUCCUGGAUGAUGAACCUCCAUCGUAGAGUAGUAAUUCCUUAUUCCAAGAGAUGGGUGCAGUUUUGCUUCCUCAAUUGACUCAGCCGUUUAACUCCCACAAGAGAUUGACAUGUAACUUCUCCCUAUAAUGUCUGUAGACUAUCGAACAAACGGGUGAUGAGAAUACCCAACCUAUCAGGUAGAAGUUGUUAUCUUGAUCUUACACCAAAUUCUCAUAUCUUUCUUGAUAAGGUAAUGUUUAGCAGCUUGAGGGGAGAAUCAGAUCUUGGGAGGUAAUGGGCUAAAUUAACUGGGCUUAUACAGUCCCCUGUCGAUUAGAGAAGCUUGCACGUUGAAGAAUGACUUUCUUCUACAUCGUGCAAACGAAUUUUGACUCAACGGGAAGGCUCGCUUUAAACGGCGCGCCGAUCUUGUGCCGAAACAGAUGUGGUUGGUUUUUGUUACUUAUAAUUAACCAAGAACCAAUGGGGGUAAUAUGGCUCUUUGCAGAAUUCAGUUAGAAUCUAGAGGCCUGAGAAGUUCGCUGUAUAACAACUUUUGAGCAUGGCGCCGUUUGAACCGUGUCGACUAAGCAUCGUGCAAGGACUUGCCAAGUUAAAAAAUGUGACGUAAAGUGUUAUACGAAGGCAAACAUGGUCAUUCUUCGUCCUCAAAUAUACUUUGAACUCCUCUCUAUUAUCUGUACUUUCUAUGGUGUGAAGAAUGGUGACUGGUUUUUUCUGUAUUUAUUCCACUUUCGAGAUACUUGUGGAAGUGUGCCAAACAUUUUUUUUUAUGAAAAGUACA